GAACCACGACCAAAUCAUCCAAGAAGAUCCUUCACUAGAAAAAAAAAAGCUCUGAAUAAAGCAUGACCCCUGAAGCUAAUCAACCGUGGAACAGCGGUCACCAGGGACUUGGAGGAUUGGAGAAUGCCAAACCCUUUCCCUGUCCACAAUGUGUGAGAUCAUACGGCAGUAAAAGUGCUCUAAAUCGUCAUCUGAGAGAAGAGUGUGGAAUGCCCCGACAGCAUAUCUGUUAUUUAUGUUCAAGCGCCUUCUCGCAACGUUGCAAUCUCCAUCGACACGUUUCAACAGUUCAUGCACGCGAUUCAAAACCACCCAAUUUAUGAUAAUCGCCUUCUUGUCAAUGAACGUGGACGAUAACAUUGAAACGAGGGUUUGAAAUCCUCAGCGAGCUUUGAAAGUUAUUGAAUGUAACUAUAGUUUUUCUACGUGUUAAUAAACUCAGUUGAUUGUCUAUUAGGAAGGCAUUUGCAUCAUCUCCUCUGUCCUCAACUCCAUCG